GGUGAGUGUAGUAGGUAUGGAGUAGGUGAGGAGUAGGUGGAGAGUAGGUGAAGUAGGUGAGUGUGUAGUAGAUGGUAGUGGUAGGUGUGUAGUAGGUGAAUUUUAACAGGAGAUCCAACACAAGUGAAUUGACUUGGGAAGAAGGUAAAGCGCUUCUUAGAGAACAUAUUCGUCUGGGAGAUCUUCAAGAUGAUUUUCUUGAUCAAUUGUAUGCUCUUAAGUAAGGUGAUAUGUGUGUGAUUGAAUAUGCAAGAAAAUACAAGAAAUUAUUUAUCAAAUUUGGAGUGGUAGAAAGUGAGCGGAUGACUAUUGCUCGUUUCAAAAGUGGAUUGAGAUUUGGAAUUAAAACAGAGAUGUCUCAUGCAUAUUUAGAAGAUCUCGAAGAUGCUAUUGAAACGACUAUAUAGUUUAAAUUUUUUGUAAAAUUUAAGGAGAAAUCUACAGUUUUGCAGCGUGUGCAUGAUGGAAAGACUGUCCAACAAGAGAAAUCAACAAAAACUCUUAAACCAAGGGCUAAAGUGCCACAAGAAGAUGCAGCAAAACCAAAUAUUGUUUUUAGGGAUGGAAAUCGUACACAAUUGAAGUUGCAAACCAAUGAAUAUGUUCAGAAUUUUCCUAAGAUGACAGAUGACCAAAUUUUGAAGGAUAACGAGGUACUUAUUGAUGAUCCAAAAGCAUCUCAAGAAGAUCUAGUUAUUACUCAAGUAAAGGCUAGAGUCGAAAACGAGGAAUUGGUUGCUAUGGAAGCUGUAGGGACUGAAGAAUCAAAGCAACCAGCUGCCAGUGUUAUGCAAAAUAUGCCUUUAAUGGAUGUCAAGGUUGAAUUGCAUGGCACCAUUUUGAUUGAGGAAAAGGCUGAGCAUAUGGAAUCCAUGAUUAUUGAUACUAGAAAAAGCAUUCAAAUUGAUUGCAAGCAGUACAUUGCAACGCCAAAAGAGAAGGGAAUGGAUGGCUCCAAUGAAGAAGAAACGAUGCUGCCAACUUGAAGGUUUUAACAUAAAGCCGUUGAUGCAAUUCCGAUGCUUGUGGAUGCUUAUACUUCAAUACUACAAAACUCGAGGUUGAGUUUUUUUCCAACCAAGGAAGAAUGAUGCGAAAUAUAAACAGCUCAAAGAAGAGUAAAUUUAAAGAAAAAUUUGUAUGGUUUCAAAGGGAAAUCGAUAGGAACCAUAUAUAAUCAUGUUUCUAAUAUUAUUAUAAUUUUAUUUUAUGAUUAUUUUUAUGUUUCUAGGAUUUUUAGGUGAGGGGUAUUUUGGUAAUUUUAUAUUUGCUUACAUGACCUGUAGGAGUCACCCAUGGGUCGUCUUGUGGGUCUAGUUAUUUAAUUGAGUUUUAUUUAUAUUUCUUAGUUGGUCUUAAAUUAGUUUUGGAAGUCUAAGAUAUUAUAGUAGUUUCCCUUUUUUGAUUCUAGUUGGUUUAGGAAAUUUCUAAAAUCUAUAUAGAGCCAUGUAAUGCCUCUAAUUCAAUAGAGUUGAUAUUUUUAUAAAAAGUUAAAGAGUUUUGAAGCUUUUUUAUGGAUUGUGUGAUGCAAUCAAACCCUAGGUGUGAUACCUAUGGAAUCUAGGUGUGAUGCCUAGACCUGUCUUCUUUUUCUCCUUUCUUCUUCGUUCUCUUCCAAAUCAUCAGUAUUAAGCUUUCCAAUUUCAUUUAAAAACUCAUCUGCCUCAGCAACCUCUGGUGGUUCCUCUAUUUCAGCAUCAAGAAGUAAAUUUGUUUUAGGGCAUUGCCAUGCCAUGUGACCCUUUAUACCACACUUAAAACAACCAUCCUUGUUGUCCUUCCGAUCAUCACUUAAGGAAACUCUAUUCUUGAAAUCUGCAGCAGUAUUGCCCUUAAAUCUUGUGCAGGCACUGGUCUAACAGAUCUGCCAUGAUCACUCAGUUUACGAAGGGCUGCCUCCCCAGCUUGAUAAGUAAAUUUCCUAUUGAGGGAUUGUUUCAUAUUCUUCUCAAUUUUAAAUGCCAACUGAAACGCAUCAUCAACGGUAAAGAUUUAAUAAGUCACCAUGGCGUUGCAAAUUUCAUCUCUUAAACCCGAUUUGAACCAAGAAAGUUGACAUGGAUCUUCAACACCCCUACAUCGAAUCUUUAGCUCCUAAAAUUUAUUCAUGUACUCGACCACUGUCAAGUUUCCUUGUCUGAGAUUAGUAAGCCGAUCAAAGAGUUCAUCUUGAUAGUCAUAUGACAAGUACUUUUGUUUCAUUCGCUAUUUCAUCUCCUCCCAAUUAAUAAUGGGUCCUGCAAUCCGGAGUUCAUGUUCCACCCCAGACCACCAAAUUUGGGCUUGACCUAUAAGCUUCAUUACAGCAAAUCGAACUUUCCGAUCAUCUGACAUAUCAAACCAGUCAAAGUACAUCUCCAAUGCAGUAAGCCAAUCCGAAAAAACUUGAGGGUCAAUCCUACCAUCAAAAUCUAGAAUGUCAACACGCACUUUCUUUGUUAUAUCUCCAGCGGUAUCAUAUGGAUCUUGCUUCGCAUACCUUCCAAGCUCAACAACUUCAUUGGCUAUAUCCAAAAGAGAAGCAUGUAGCCUCUCUAAGGGACGCAAUGCAUUAGGGUUAGUCAGAUCCUGUGGCACCAGAAUCGUCUAUUUCAGUUUCUUCCUCAACACCCUUUCCAUGUGUUUUGCCCUAUUGGCUAAAGAAGAUUCAGAACAAUUUGCAGCACUUUUACUUUUCUGAGGAUUGGAGGCUUCACUCUCAAAUAUUUUUGCUUCCAAUGCAUCAACCCUUUCCAUGAUCAUGUGUAGAAAAUCAUCUCGCUGUUUAUCUGUGAGUUUGCCCCUAAAACUUCGACCGCUUCUAGUUGCCACAGGAUCAAUUUGCUAUGAAGCUUCUUUAUGGAUUGUGUGAUGCAAUCAAACCUUAGGUGUGAUGCUUAUGGAAUUUAAGUGUGAUGCCUAGACCUCUCUUCUUCUUCUCCUUUCUUCUUCUUUUAUGUUCAAUUUGCUAUUCUCGGAUUACUAUUUACAGCCCUCUAAAAGUGCAUUUUUCAACCUCAAAACUCCAUCUAAUUACCCUCAAAUCAACCCUAAUCCCUUCCCCUACCUAUUAGCCUUCAAUUUACUCUUGAAGCCAUAAUUUACUCACUGUUUAGGCCAUCAAAUAACCUCUGUUUUGAAAUUCCAGCGCUGUCCCUAUUUGUCCUGCAUCAGUUUGGCUCUAACCAUGUCUUCUUUAUAACGUGCAUGUUCAGUUGUUGGACUUUAUGUAGUGUACUUGUUGGAAGUAUAAUAUGCUUGGCUAUAUUUA